AUACUAAAUAUUAUAAUAACUGCAGUUAUAUUAACAUAAAAGUAUUCAUUAUAUAGAUACAAUGAAUCAACAGCAACAACAAUCACCACAGCAGCAACAACCACAACAGCAACAGCAGCCACAGCAGCAACAACAACAACAACCAUCAUCACAGCCACAAAUGAAUGAUGAUCAAAAAAGAUCUAAUGAACAAACUGAUGAAGACGAUAGUCAGUCUAAUGAAGGAUUUGUUGUGAAAAUGCGUGGCCUACCAUGGUCGGCUACGGCUGAUGAUAUAAUCAAAUUUUUAAGCAUAUUGGGUGAAGCAAAGGUUAAAGAUGGAACUGCUGGAGUACAUUUGACUAUGGCUAGAGAAGGAAGACCUAGUGGUGAAGCUUAUGUUGAAAUGGAAUCAGAAGAAGACCUUAAGGCUGCUCUUAAGAAAGAUCGAGAACAUAUGGGAAAUCGUUAUAUUGAAGUAUUUCGUUCAAAACGUUCAGAAAUGGAAUGGGUUAUUAAAAAAACUGGUUCAACACUAGACAGUGUACUAGAUGAUAAUUGUGUUCGCUUAAGAGGUCUUCCCUUUGGGUCUACCAAGGAUGAUAUUGUACAAUUUUUCCAAGGGUUGGAGAUGACAUCAGACGGUAUAACCAUAGCAACCGACUUCACGGGGCGGAGUACGGGGGAAGCUUUUGUACAAUUUGUAGACAGAGAGAAUGCAGAGAAAGCUCUGCAGAAACACAAGGAGAAAAUAGGACACAGAUAUAUUGAGAUAUUUCGCAGUAGUUUAGCAGAAAUUCGCAAUCAAGCACUGCAAAGAAGACCUAGACAAACUCCAUAUGACCGAAUGGAUCGUUUUGCUAGUAGUGGUGGUGGCAGUGGUGGUAGUGGACGGUACUUUGAUAUGCCUAUGAGGACUGGACGUAAUAUGAAGUCAUUUGGAAAUAAUGGUUAUGAUAAUGGUGGUGAUCCAUGGAGUAGUGGUAGAAGUAUGGGUGGACCAAGAGGAGGUGGAGGUGGCCAAGGUAUGAUGGGCGGCAGUAGUGGUGGAGGAGGAUGGAAUAGCAAUAACUGGAAUGCUCCACCAAGUAGACCAUUAUAUGUUGUACAUAUGAGAGGAUUACCCUUUAAAGCAAAUGAGGAUGAUAUUGCUACAUUUUUUGAACCAUUGGAACCUGUUGAUAUACGUAUUCUUUUCAAUAACAAUAAUCGACCAUCUGGAGAAGCAAAUGUUGAAUUUGGUAACAAAGAAGAUGCAAUGAGAGCUAUGUCAAAAGAUAAGACAUACAUGCAACACAGAUACAUUGAACUAUUUAUGGAUGGACCAGUAGGAGGUGGUCCAGGUUCUGGUGGUAAUAACUUUAGUAUGGAUGAUAUGGGACCACCAAACUCAGGAAAUGGUGGAAACUUUGGAGGAUUUGGAAACAAUUCAUUUGGUGGUGGUAACAGUGGUGGUGGCGGAGGAAAUUCUUUUGGAAACAACUCAUUUUCUCGGCGUAAUGACAACUCUGGUCCUCCUAAUUCAUUUUUUUCAAAUAAUAUGGGUGGAGGUGGAUAUCCAAGACCUUCUGGACCAAGAAAUAUGUCAGGACCUGGCCCCAAAUUUAAUCCCUUUUAAAAUUGAUAAUAAAUAUAAAUAAAAUAAAUUGUUUAACUUCAAAGUAUUAUCAUAUGUUUGCAGCAGAUUGAUAUUUUUUUUAUUUCUUUAACUAAUAAUAUAAUU